AUUGAAUGUACACCCAAUGGAUUAUUGGAUCCAUUUUGAUUUUUGCUUCUUCUACCAUAGACCCCAUACCUUUGGAUAAUUAAUUUUGAUAUGUGUAUACUCUUCUUUAGGUUUAUCUAGAAACAUUACAGAUAAAAAAUGAUGAGCAUGAAUUUAUCAAAUCGGGUGGUUGACGAGAACAAUUGCUUAUUAUUUUUUAAUUUGGUUAUGUGAAAUUGACUUUGUUCCUGUCUUGUUUGUUUUUCGGUAAUAUCAUUUAUGAGUUUCAAUUAAUUAGUGUUUCUUUUAUUUUUACUACAACAUACUCCGUAUAUUGAAGUAGGAAUCUGCUAGCUAUUUUUUAAGUUAGUAAUUGUGUUUUUUUACAUUCAUCAUAUCAAAAUUUUAUUUUAAAUUUAUGUUAAUAUGUCACAGCUAAUGUCAUCGGAAGACUCUGAAUUCAGCUCCACUACUGGAUCACCAUCAAGCGCAGAGUCACUUUCUCUUAUCAAGACAAUUUUUAGAGAUGAUAGUUUCGAUGAAGAAGCUGACUCAUUCAUGGUUGAAACUUCCACGGUUCAGGUUCCAAUUUUGAUUUCAACGUUUUUAACAGGUAAAAAACGUCCACAUGGGGGCUCAACUGCUGGUAGAGAAUACAUUUAUCGUGAUAGGAAAGAUCGCCAUGAUUUGAUUAAAAGUGACUACUUCAUUGGUGAGAAGUCAAAGUAUACUCCAGAUAAGUUUCGCCGUCGAUUUCGUAUGGAUAUUAACCUAUUCGAGCGAAUUUUGCAUGCAGUAGAGAAUUACGAUAAUUACUUUACACAAAAGGUUGAUGCCGUUGGAAAAAUAGGGUUGAGUCCUUUACAGAAAGUUAUAGCAGCAAUACGAAUGCUUGCAUACGGUUGUUCAGCUGAUUCCCUUGAUGAAUAUGUUCAAAUUGGUGAGAGUACUGCAAUUGAAUGCCUUAAAAAAAUUUGUGAUGCUAUAAUAGGAUUGUUUGAAGAACAAUAUCUUAGAAAACCAAAUAAGUUUGAUAUCGCUAGUCUAUUAAAAGAUAGUGAAGCUCGCGGAUUUCCAGGAAUGCUUGGUAGUCUAGAUUGUAUGUGUUGGGAUUAUGGGCCAGGUCCAAUACUAUCGACCCAAUAUGCCUGGGCUCGGGCGCGAACCAGGCUCAGCACACGGUCCGGCUAGAUAAUAUGGUCCUUGGAUUGAUUGGUUUAACUCUGGGGCCGACCAGCCCAUUGGCCUUGGAUCAGGCUUCUUGUUUUAGUUGUUUAAUUGGGCCAAGCCCAUUAGCAUUUGACAAACCUCUUGUAAGCGCCUAUAAAUAGGCCGCCCCUCCUUUUGUGUUGGAGAAGUCACUUUUACUGUACUGAAUUGCUGCCGAAUUUUCUACUCAACAUAUUUUCUACCAACAUUGGUGCUUUCAUU